UAUAAAAAUGAGUUCCGUAAACAGUAUAUUUUUCGAUGAAGACAAUAUUAAGGAAGAUUCAAACUAAAAUUAAAAAAAUUUCUAAUAAGAAAGUAGUUUCGAACUAUAACAAGAAAGUGAAGAAUCUAUGAAACAAUUAAUUUAAUUAAAUAAAACUCAAUAAUCAGUUGAUACCCGAAGGUAAGGAGAAAUGCAAAAAAAAUUAAUGAAAUUCGUAAAAAACAGUAAGAAACGUAAAUUAGUAAAAUAGAAAAAAUAAGAGUCGGAAGACGAGCAAAUGAUUGAACUAGAAAUAGUCUCUGAAAAUGAAGAAAAUCCAAAAAAAACAGAUAUUAUUUCAAAAAGCAAUCUAAGUUCAAGAAAAGAUGAAAAUUAAUAACAAAAUAAUAUUUAUUCAUAGCAGGAUAAAAGCAAAUAAUUAGUAAAGAAUACACAAUUGGAUUUAGAAAUUUAAAUGACUGAUCUAAAAAUAAAGCCAUUACAAGCAACAUAACCAAAAUCUUAAAAAUAACGUUCUGAUGGUUAUUAAGUUUACGAGAAUUACACUUGUAUGUUAAAUCUUACUGAUAUAUCUUAUGGAGUAAAAGGACAUAAUAAAUUCUAUUAAAUAGAGGUUCUUCAUAUGAAAUUUUCGAAAUUUACUGUUUAUACUAAAUGGGGACGUGUAGGAGCUUAAAAUCCGCAAGAAACCUAUAAAGGAUAUGAAAAUAAAUAUGAUGCAAUUUUAGCUUUUAAAAAGAAAUUUUAUGAAAAAACACAUAAUGAUUGGAAUGGGGACUUCUCUUCUUUUAAAGUACAACCAGGAAAAUAUACUUGGAUUUAAGUUGAAGGAGAAUCUUCUAAAAGUUCUAUUAAUUAAGAUGUUGAGAAAUUAAAUUAAAGAAAUGAGCUUUUGAAAAAAAAAAUACAGGAAUUACCUUCUUAAUUAGAAUAAAAAAUUAAAUCUUUAAUGCUAAUAAUUUGGGAUUUUAGUAGAAUUAGUAAAACACUUAAAGAACUUAAUUUUGAUACAGAAAAAAAUCCUUUGGGAAAACUGUCUUAUUAAUAAAUAUAAAAAGGUUAUAAAAUAUUAACAGAAAUAUAAAAUGCGAUUAUUUAAAAUGCUAAAAAAUCAAUUAUUAUUGAAUUAACUAAUUAGUUUUAUACUAAUAUUCCUUAAAAUUAUGGAAUGAAAUAACUUCCCAUAAUUGAUCAUAUAUAAAAAGUCAGAGAAAAAAUUUAUUUAUUGGAUAUUUUAAAGGAAGUUGAUAUAACUAAUAAAUAUAUUAAUUAAGCUUUAUAAUCAAAAGUAAAAAAUUAUUUAAUUAAUUAUUGUUUUUAUUAAAUGCUAAAGGCUAAAAUCGAAAUUUUAAAUCCUUAAGAUAUUUAAUAUAAAAUUAUACAAAAGAUGAUUCAAAAUACGCAUGGGCCUUCGCAUAAUAAAUAUAAAUUAAGUAUUAAAGAUAUAUAUUUGGUAGAUAAAAAAAGUGAAAAAUAGAGAUUUUUUCCUUUCACAUAAUUAGGAAAUAAAAAAUAUCGAAUUAUGUAGGUAUUUUAAGUGAAGGAUUAAGAAUAGCUCCUCCAGAGGCUCCUAUGACAGGUUAUAUGUUUGGAAAAGGAAUUUAUUUUGCGGAUGUUGUUUCAAAAGCUGCUAAUUAUUGUCAUGCUAAAGCUGAUUUUCCUGAAGGACUUUUAUUAUUAUGUGAAGUUGCUUUAGGAAAUAUUCAUGAAGUCGUAAAGGCUAAAGUAUUUAAAUCGCCACCUAUUUACCAUCACAGCGUAUUUUUUUUAUAAAAGGUCUAGGUAUAUAUAAAAUAUUAAAUAAGGUCUAAGGGGUAGGUAGAAUGUAAAUAAAUUAAACUUAAUAUGAAAUGAUAGAUAGUUUUAAAUGUUUAACAGGUAAAUAAAUUAUAGAUUAAUUUUAUAAUAAAAAAACAAUUAAAAAGGAUAAGUUGAGAAUAAUGAUGAUGAUUAUAAUAAGGAAUUACUUUAUAAUGAAUAUAUAGUUUAUGAUGUUGGACAAGUUAAAAUAAAAUAUUUAAUUCAUGUAAAUUUUCAAUUCUAAUGA